AUGCUGACAGUGCACGGCCGCACCCGGUUUCAGAACAAGGAGGCGACAGGGCCUUGCGAUUUGGAGGCAGUAGCUGCCAUCCGCCGUGCAUUGGUCAUCCCCGUGAUCUCGAACGGGGGCGUGGCCAGCCAUGCAGACUUGCUGCGGUGCCUCGAGGUUACUGGAGCUGCCGGCGUGAUGUCCUCGGAGGCAGCCUUGGAGAAUCCGGCCAUCUUCUGCGGCAAUUUCGACGCCGGCGGCGCCUACGUCGACCAGGAUCGCCUGGCGCGGGAGUACCUGGACCUGGCGGAGAUGUACCUGCCAGGCGCAGGCUCCGCAGACGAGUGCCCGAAGUGCGUCAAGGCGCAUGUCUUCAAGCUCGUGUACGCGGGGCUGCAGGACAACCACGACCUCCGCGACCGCGUCGGCUCCGCCAGGUCUCUGCCAGAGUUCCGGGCCGUGGUGGAGGAGAGCUGUCGGCGCGGGGCUGGGCGCAGCCCAUGCACAACGCUGGCCCGGAGCUCUUCCCAGGCGGGCGUGGUACUUCCGGCACCGGCUCCGCGCCGCGGGGCCGAGCGGCGCGGCGGCGGGCCCGGCGCCGCCCAGCGGCACGCAGGAGGCGCCGGAGGACCGAGGACUCGGCGUGGGCGCCUCCGAGCCUCUUCGACUGACGCCGCCGCGCCCGUAUUGGGCAGUCUCCUCGUCCUCCUCUCUGCCCUCAUCCUCCGCUUUUUAUGUUGGUUCCCCUCCCCCUCUCCGCCCCCACAACCUCCUGAUCACCCGAAGGGUGCUCGUAUAGGUUGUCUUGGUUUUGUAAUGGGACCUUUCAGCAGCGCGCCAGACAGCGCCUCGACGCGCACAUUUGUGCAUGUCACGAGUGCGAUUGCGGUCGCCGCGCGGCGCUGA